CGCGUUUUUCAGCAUCCGCGCGGGGUGGUGGCGGCGUGUGUGUGAGUAGAUACCGGGGGGGGGUUCCUCCUGUCCAUCUACAUUAGAGUAGACCACCUUCAGCAGAUCGACGGCCUCUUUCGUCGCCCUUUUUGGGGGGAUGUGACCAUCCCACUGGUACGGCUAUCAGUCGCUUUACAAAAGCCCAUCUCGGAGGCCCUCGCCGUGACGGCGGCUCCUCCUCCUCCGAGCCCAAGGUCUUCGUCCCUGAUCCUCUCACAGCCAAACGCAAACGCUCCAGCCGCUUCGGCUCCUCUUCUAUCGAAGCUGUCGGCCCCGGAAGCAGCAGAGAAGAGAGGAAGGAGACGCCGGGCCUCCUCUCGCGUUAGGCCGAAGCCCUAAAGACGCUCCCGCCUUCCCUACGCGAGAGAGACUGCCUCGGGGCAAGAUGUCGGCCGCCGCCACCUUUAGAAAGGGCACGGGCGACGGAUGUUCUUUCCUUCUUUGUUCGGCUCACACCGGAAGCGGAAGUCGAGACGGAGAGACGCUCUGGCCUCCCAUUGUCAGCCCCCCUUGUCUUGUUUCAGAACAAGGGAACUGGCUGGAAGAGAAGGGGGCGAAGAUGGAUGAAUUCUCUGAUCCUGAUCUGGGGGUUUUGGGUGAAGAGUCCAAAUCAGAGAAUGGGGAGAAUGCACCUGUUUACUGCAUCUGUCGCAAGCCUGACAUCAACUGCUUCAUGAUAGGCUGUGAUCACUGUAAUGAAUGGUUCCAUGGACACUGCAUUAAUAUUACGGAGAAGAUGGCAAAGGCCAUUCGGGAGUGGUACUGCAUGCAGUGCAGAGAGAGAGAUCCAACACUUGAGAUUCGCUACAGGCAUAAGAAAUCCAAGGAGAAGGACCGAGAGGGGGAGCAGGAACGUGCUGAGAAGGAUGAAUUGCGGGCGAAGGCCCAGGAGUUAGCUCUGGAACAGAGUCGCAACUCAAAACAGAUCAAGCGCUCGGCGCGCAUGUGCGGCGAAUGCGAAGCCUGCCGGCGCACGGAGGAUUGUGGCCAGUGUGAUUUCUGUCGCGACAUGAAGAAGUUUGGGGGACCCAACAAAAUUCGCCAGAAGUGCCGCCUGAGGCAGUGCCAGGUUCGGGCUCGGGAGUCCUAUAAAUAUUUUCCAGCUUCGAUGUUACGGGGGCGGGAGGAUGAUCUACAGAUGCUAAAGGAACAGCUAGAAUCGUCUGCUACACCCGAACCUCUGUCGGAUGACGAUCUGCACAUAGACCCCGAUUUGUAUCAGGAGCUUUGUUCAGGGGCCUUCGAUGAUCAGAACCUGCCGUGGCUCAGUGAUACAGAUGAUGGGCCCUUGUUUGAUCCUGUGUUGCGGAAGCGUGCCGUCAAGGUGAAGCAUGUCAAGAGGAGGGAGAAGAAAUCUGAGAAGAAGAAGGAGGAGAAGUACAAGCGUCACAAGCAGAAGCAGAAGCAUCGCGACAGGUCCAAGCAUGCUGAACGGGUGGACGUCAAAGACCCGUCCUCUUUACAGCAGUGUCUUGGCCCUGGUUGCAUCCAGGCUGCCCGGUCCAACUCUAAGUACUGCUCCGACGAAUGCGGCAUGAAGCUGGCAGCAAACCGCAUCUAUGAGAUCCUACCUCAGCGCAUCCAGCAGUGGCAGCAAAGCCCGUGUGUGGCCGAGGAACAUGGCAAGAAACUGCUGGAGCGGAUACGGCGGGAGCAGCAGCAAGCUCGGCUCAAGCUGCAGGAAAUGGAGCGCAAGUUUCAUGAAUUAGAAGCCAUCAUUAGCCGGGCCAAGCAACAGGCCAUCAAGGAAGAUGAAGAGACCAGUGAAGGAGACAGCGAUGAUACAGACUUGCAGAUAUUCUGUGUCUCCUGCGGCCACCCAAUCAAUCCAAAGGUCGCCCUGCGUCACAUGGAGCGGUGCUACGCCAAGUAUGAGAGCCAGACAUCCUUUGGGUCUAUGUAUCCAACACGUAUCGAAGGGGCCACGCGUCUUUUCUGUGAUGUCUACAACCCACAAAGCAAGACCUACUGCAAACGUUUGCAGGUCCUGUGCCCAGAACAUUCCCGGGACCCCAAGGUGCCUGCGGAUGAAGUGUGCGGCUGUCCCAUGGUGAAAGAUGUGUUUGAGCUCACCGGCGAAUUCUGCCGGGUGCCCAAACGGAAGUGCAACAGGCAUUACUGCUGGGAGAAACUGCGCCGAGCUGAGGUGGACCUGGAGCGAGUGCGCGUGUGGUAUAAGCUGGAUGAGCUCUUUGAGCAGGAGCGGAAUGUGCGGAUGGCCAUGACCAACCGGGCAGGGCUUCUGGCCCUCAUGCUGCACCAAACCAUCCAGCAUGAUCCGCUGACCACAGAUUUGCGUACAACCACUGACCGCUGAGCUGGUACUUUCCAAAUUUCUGAUGAGACCUUCGUGAUUCAGUGCCAACAGAACCAGAAUAUUUUUAAUGAUUUUUUGUAAGCAGAGUUUUCAUUAAAAUGAUCUGGUGUGGCCUCUGUGACUGUAGAAUCUAGCUAUCUUUGACCCUCAUCCCUGUGCCAGUGGCUAUUAGCCUUGCUUGUAUAUACUACUUCUUUUUUAAAAAAUAUUCAUGUGGUUUUAAAGGGAGAAAGGCUGGCAGGUAGGAAAGUCAGUGGUGGUUCUUCCUUUUACUCUGACCUUGCCAAAGUGAAAAAGACUGUUUGGGCGCCUUCUGGCUUAGGGCAGCCCCUGUUCUCCUAAGCAGAUGAGGUUUCUGGCUCAGCAGUACAGCCUUUCCAGUGCUCACUUCUCAUUUGCCUUUCCAUGUAGCUGCUGUCAGUGGUAAAGAGACCUACAAAACAGGGCAUACAGAUGGUUGUACCAGGGCCAGGGCAUCAGCUGUGUACAACUGUAUCCCUUGUGUGCUCCUGCCAGGAGGCAGAAGAGAAACAAAUAAAAGUAUCUUGGAAUGUU